ACUACCCUCACUUCAAUUUUGGAAAGCUUUUUUUCUCUCUCUCUGUGUUCUUCGAUCUCCACAUUGCAAUUAAUGCUUUGAUCAACAAUGGCGUCACCACAAAUCAAAACCUUUCACCUUGCUGAUUCUCACUCCAAGAACACUUCUUCUUCUUCGCAAGCUAGCAAUGUGCAGAACAUGUCAAUUGGAAGAGAAGAAUUGUUGAAGGCACUGUUGAUCAGAAAGACCAUUGUUGCCAAGGGGAAUGCAAUGGAAACCAAGCCAACCAAGCCAUUCAGUGACUCCAAGAAGAGUGCAACUAUCUCUAAUAACAAUCAAGGAGGAAAGGAACUGCUGAAAGUUGUAAAAAAAGGGACUGAGAAGCUGAGCAUUAAGGAAAUUGGCAAGUGCAAAUCAGGUUCCAGUGCACAUUCUAAGGUGUGCUUUUGUUCACCAACCACUCAUGAAGGCUCAUUCAGGUGCCGUCUCCACCGCGUCAGUGCAGCGAAGAAAUCAUCCACUGAGAAGAGCAACAUGAGGAUGUGUUCUAAGAAAGGGAAAGGAGAGUUUAAGCCUCAGUUGUCAAGGUUUGGUAGAGUGGCCUCUGUUGCUGAAGUUGGAUCACAUGAUAAUAGCCUAGCCUAGUUCGAAUAAGGUCCCGUUUGAAUGCAAAUCAAAGAGCUCUUAUUGGAGUUUAUUUAGUGUUUUUUCAAGUAGAUAAGCUUCAAUAAAUCUGUAUUCAAAUGGGUUCUAAGUCUACUUUAGAACUGAGCUUAUGUUCAAGUUCAACUUAGAGACUAUCUUUUUUGGGUCAAUUUGAAAUAUGAAAAUAGUUGUUAAUGUUCAUAGCUUUAACAGGGUCUGCAUAUAUAUAAUUUUGACAUUGCAGUGUUUCUGUGUGUAAUUUGGGUAUGAGAUGAACUAGUCC